AUGCCAUCUAGUCUUCUUUGGUUUUCUUUAGUUAUCAUUCUAAAAUCAGUUUUCUAUUUAAGAAAUCUUCCUGGAAAAAUUAAUGAUUAUAAUGGUGAUACUGGUCAUGGAAUAAAUGGUAAUCACUUUGGAGGAAAAGUUCAAAUUGCAGCAUAUCCUUGUGAAAUGAAUUCGCAUCUGUUAGUCUAUGCGACUGAGGAUGAAAUGCUGUGA